UGUAAAUAUACAUGUUUUUGAGCUAUCUCAAGAAAUGUGGGGGAAGCUUUGCUUACCAUAUAAAGUUAUUGGCAAGAUGCCAAAUGAACUUUGUGAUAGUUAUCAAAAUAUAAUUAAAAAAAAAAACUAGUGUUAUACACUGAGUUUUAUGUAUAAUGGUUGUUUGUAUCUUGAAAAAAAAAGAUGACAAAAAUCAUUAAACAAUUGAUCUCGACUAAUCUCAAGAGAUUAUGUUCACUGUGAUGACAACCUAGGAUCCUAUUACUAAAGGUGUGUCAUGAGAUCAAAUUGUAAUAUCAUCAAGAGGAAUGGGUUUAGCCUAUGAACUAAGAUGAGGUUUGGCGGUAACUCUACUUAUCAGAUUGGAGAUCCCAAGAAAUAGGUUCAAGGAGACAACUAAGUCAAACUAAAUCUGCCCAAAGCACUGUCAGACUUCGGUCUGUACCCAGUUCCCAGGAUGAUUAAACAGUGCUACAUGUAAGGAAUAAAGGAUAAGCAUUUGCUUUUAAUGAUUUGUGCCAAUUGUUUUGAGAUAUGAAUGGAGUAGUACAUGAUAUUCCUCUAAACAAAACUAAUGGCAAAUCACCUUGUGAGUGUGAAAUGGGGCCGUUUCUAGGAGAAUAAAAAGGCUAUAUUCUCCAAGUUCACUCAUGAUAACCAGGACUGUUCACGGCCACAAUGAACACAAUAGAGAACCUAGUUCUGUGAGAGAAUGAAGCUGUGUUUUGGCUAUUGUCUAGGUUUACACCAAAGCCCGGGAGGUUCAAGACAUCAUGGCCACCUCCUGGCCGAGUAAAUCCGAUAGCUAUUAACAAUGACUGGUUCAAGGCUGAAAAAUUGCUACCAACUCAUCAUGCAGUGAAUUUCUCGCUUGUACUCUCAAAAGUCUUUAGGUGAGUCUUGUCGAGUCUUGUCUAGGAAGUCAAGUCUGUCGAGUCAUCUAGUGUCUAGAAGCAUUUCUAUUCAUGUGGGGGAUUGUUGGAACUAUUUUUUUAGCAAUGUAUUCAUAUGCUAAAAAUAGAGUUAGUGUGAAUGAGAAAUGGAGGUCUAAUGUGUGUGAUUUGAGAAACUUUUAUAAAGUUACAAAUAUACACAUUAGAUAUUUGGAUUUGGGUUUUGAUUUGUUAGUUGGAUUUCAUGUUCAUUAACUUAAUCAUAUAAACCAAAUAUAUGUGAUCUUUUAUAUUGAUAAAAUAUAAAAAAGAAAUCCAUUUAAAGUAUAUUAUUUUGUUUGAAUGAGUCAAAUAAUAAUAAUUAUACUCUUUAAUUUUUUUGGUCAAAAUGUGAAAUGAAUUCACAUAAUAAUGACAAGAAAUAAAAGACUCCAUUAGUGCACCAUGGGAGGUUUCAUUUUAUGUUAAAAAAUGAAACUUGUGCUUCUCAUUGUUUUCUAUAUAAAGCCUCAUGGCAAUGUAGAAAAAUACACAUCUAAUACCAAAAGAAAAACCACAUUCUCCUAUAUUGAAUAGUCAUGUUAGUAUUUUUUUUAUUUCUUGAGUCUGAGAGUGCAACACAAAACUAGGGUCGAUAGAUUCUGUUUUUCGGUGAUGGUAAACAGAAACAAUGCUGCAGUUGUAUCCUGGGAAUCUGAGCGCUAUGCAACCGUCACACUACGGGGCGUUUAAAGAUUUAAGGAAAGAGAUUAACCAUCUCGACUCUGCAGUUUUUUCUUCAUUCAUUUGUUUCGGUAUUGUAUUUUUUGAUUUUUGUUCUUAUUAUUUUUAUAAAUAUCAGUUGUCCCUAUCGUAGUGAAAUAAGGUUCCUACAAACACAUCAGAUCAACGUAACAAUGGCUCCUUUCAAUCAUGACAAACCUACAAAACCGCUUGUCUCUACUGUCAAGGAUCUAUCCUCGAUCCUUUCGCAAGAUAUGUUCGUCGGUUUCUCGUCUUCAACCGGUUCGCUUCGAUCGGAACAUGUUAUCCUUGGUGGAGUUUCCAGAUGAAGGGGAAAGCUCCCCCGUUAGAGUUACAAAAACUUCCAAAACUUCCAGAAAAGCAGAAAAGGAUAACCAUGAUAAGGUCGCUGGGUGCCUUGUUUAUUGUUGUGUUGAUUCCCCUCAUGUUUAUCUUUUUGCUCAUCUUCAUCUUCCUCGUGCGCUUAAUCUUUAAGAGGAGGAGAAAGUUCACGGAGGAGUUAGAAGACUGGGAAACAGAAUUCAGGAAGAACAGGUUGAGGUACAAAGACCUGUACUCCGCCACCAAUGGAUUCAAGGAGAAGCACCUUCUCGGAUCCGGCGGGUUUGGGAGCGUUUACAAAGGUGUCAUGCCCAAUACAAAGAAAGAGAUCGCCGUAAAAAGAGUUUCCAACCAAUCCAAACAAGGUUUGAAAGAGUUUGUGUCUGAGAUCAUAACUAUUGGUCGGAUGAGUCACCGGAACAUAGUUCCUCUCUUGGGUUAUUGCCGUCGGAAAGAGGAACUUCUUCUCGUGUACGACUACAUGCCCAAUGGAAGCUUAGACAAAUAUUUGUAUAACAGUUCCGAGGUUACCCUCACCUGGAAACAGAGAAUUACAAUCAUUAAAGGCGUGGCCUCUGCCUUGUUCUACCUCCACGAGGACUGGGAGGAAGUGGUGAUUCACCGCGACAUCAAAGCCAGCAACGUCUUAUUAGAUGCAGAGCACAAUGGGAGAAUUGGUGAUUUCGGUUUAGCUCGGUUGCGCGGUCAUGGUACUGAUCCUCAGACCACUCUUGUCGCUGGAACAUGGGGAUACCUAGCCCCUGAUCACGUGAGGACAGGAAAGGCCACGACUGCUACUGAUGUUUUGCAUUUGGCGUGCUCCUACUAGAAGUUGCCUGCGGUAGGCGUCCUAUCCAGAUUAACGAGAGUGGUGAGAGGGUCUUACUCGUGGAUUGGGUUUUUGAGGUUUGGAGUGAGGGAAACAUUCUGGAUGCUAAGGAUCCCAAUCUAGGGACAGAGUAUUACCAAAGAGAGGUUGAAAUGGUUUUGAAACUAGGUUUGUUGUGCUCUCACUCCAACCCCCAGGCUAGACCAACGAUGAGACAAGUGUUACAUUACCUAAGCGGAGAUGCAAUGCUACCAGAUUUGUCGCCUUUGGACUUGCAUGGGAGUGAGAUGAUGUCGGAAACCUACCACGGACUUUGCGAGAUAGACAUGAUUACAUGUGGAUCUUCGAUGGUUGAUUCUGUACUCUCAGGUGGAGGUGACGUUGAAUAUAACAAUGUUUGUGUGCCUUCCAUAACAUAUUGCAAAAAAAAGUGUUCCUUUGUUUCGUUUUGUAUGUACUGUAGUUUAAAGUUCUUUUCUUGCAUCAAACUAAUAUAAUCACGAGGACUUUGCAAGCCAAACCGUAACUCCGCAUCCAUAUAAACGAUAAACAACUAUUUCCUAACACUGAGUGCAAGACUAUCCACCUAUGAAUAUUAUGUUCAGAAUAUAUGAAUGAUCGUAGAGUUAUGGAAACUUUCCUUCUGUAGUUUAAGGUUUUUUCACACAUUAAUGUAAUUAUUAAAUUUCUAUUAUUAUCCUAUUUAUUACAAUAUUUUAUUUGUUUUCGUUAAUUAAUAAACUAAAAGAUAAAGAUAAAAGUGCAAAAACUACUAAACAUUUGCAUUGGAUAUAAUAAAACGAUACUUAUAAUAAAACAUAUUUAAAAUCUAUUUAAAAUGAAACGAAGAGAGAAUUAUCCACAUAAAACAUGGAACCCUGUUGUAUAUAGUGAUGGGGCCUGAGGCCAAAUUUUAUAGAUUUACAAAUUUUAUUACUCAUUCUCUUUUGUAAAUAUUUAUACUUUCAAUUUUUUCUAUUUUUAUGAAUAAAUAGUACAAAUAAAAUAUAUAGAUAAAGGUAAAAU